AUGCCGAAGUUCGACGAGCUCGACAAGCAUCUUACGCUGCACGCUCGCUGGGUUAAGAGUCUGCCGUGGUACCCACCCAUCGCCUCGCCGUCCUCUAUGGGCGCCAAGCAGAUGUUCCACGGCAUCAUUGCCGCUACCCGACCCGAGGACUACCUCCCUCACGACGACGAAGGCUAUAGUGGCAUUUGGGACGAUCCGGUCCGGCACCGCCCUCAGGAGUGCCAUCAGACGCCGCCCAGUGUGACCAUUGCGAUGCGCGGCUCCACCGCAAGUGCGCGCGCGCUUCGGAGGCUCGUGGUCUUUCUGCGACCAGCGACGCUGGGAUGGGACCCACGCUCGGCUACAGGAUAG